AUUUUACUUGAUUAUAAUCCAGUUGAUUUAACACUUUUUUAGAAUACAGAAAAAAUUUAGAAUUGGCAUAGCUGGCUGGUAUGUUUUUUACUUAAUCGCAAUGGGCUCUUUCUACUAGUGCAAAGUAGCUUAAGAUUUAUAGUAAUGUAUUAAUUUAAUGGUGAGAAAUUAAUAAAGCUAAAUAAAUUUAAAAUUAAGAUUGUGCUAAUAAAGUGCCAUAAAUAAUUCCAGAAAAUCCCACAUAAAUUCAGAAUUACUCAAUAGCAAAUCUUUGGUUUUCACAAGCACUUAUGAUGUUCCUGCAGUGUUGUCUGAAUUAUGCUCUUAUCCUGGGAUUCACAAUUUGAGCUGUCGGCAUAAAAAUGUGCAACCAAACAAACUGAGACAGAGUGGACUAAACUGACCUAGGGAGCUGCCUGUUUGUUUAGUGACUCUUACCAAUUAAAGCAUGAUGCUGAUAAGCAACUGAGGGCAACCAGUCAGUGUCGAGUUAAUCAAUUGGUAAUCAAAUGGGAUUCAGAACUCCACCCAACUGUAGUACCCAUUAGACAAGACCCAAUAGUGAACAGCAAUGAUUAAUUAUUAUUAUUAUUAUUAUUAUUAUUUAAAAUAAAGUUAAAGGAAGUCUGCUUUUACAUAAAUCUGCUUUUACAUAAACGUUGAUAAAUGUUCACACUGGGCACAAAAAUAAAGGCUGCUGCAUGCUAAUCAUCAACCAUAGAUAUUAAAGUGAAAGAAUCCUGUGAUUGAAUGCUGGGCAGCUGACAGCCUCCCUGAGAGAGUCUGCUGGCGCUAUGGAGGGACUACAGUAGCCUAUUCACCAUAUGCCUUCAUGCCAUUUUUCUGCUGACUCAUCUGCUGGCAAACAAGCGCAGGGCCAACUCCACAAAAGGUGCCACCACGUUUCUACCAGGGGGUUAGUUAGCGAGAUGCUAGUAAUUUAGAUCUGAGCCAAAGGUGCACAGUGUCUGAGGCUGAGUUCCUUACUAUCUAACUCAGUAUCAUGUCCUUGUACCUAGCAGUUCUUCAUGCUGGUGUGGUUAAGCUAACAAACUGUGUCUGUGCACAAAUGCUAAACCUGCCGCUUAAAGAUUGAUUUUCCUGUCAUGAGAUGUCACUGAAAGUUCUGAUGUUCAGUGACUGGUCUGGCUUCUCUUGUGCUGUGUGCCAUGAUGUCCUGUACUGUCACGGUGGAUGUACUGUUAUUCGGACUGCCCACACCAAGCCUUGAAUCAUUUUGUCAGAAUAAAUGUUGCUCUUUUUUUCAAAAAGCCGGGAGCUAUGAGGUUCAACCUGGAACAUUGUCAAACCUUCCUUCUGCCCUGAAAUGUGGCCUUUCUUUUUCAAAAUGAUUCAUUUUAACAUAAAAACAUCUUAAUCAAUUUACCAACUGCUUAUCCUGGCCAGGGAAGAGGGGGUGUCUACAGUCUCUUCUGUGCAACACAGGGCACAAUGCAGGAAUACAUUGUGGAUUGGAUAUCAGUCUUAAUCAGUAUAGGCUUAAUGAAGUGAUAGUAUGUAAAAUAUUUUGUUCAAGGGUUGAACUGUUUGCAACCUAGUGUUCUAAAUUUUGUAUGAUCCAUUUGUGUUAUAUUUUAUGGUAAUAUUUUCUAGAAUACAAAUACUGUAAUAGUACAUUAUCUUCAUUAAUUAUUGUUUUAUGAGUCACUUAUGUAUUCAUUAUUUCCAUGUCUGGUAAACAUGGAGACCCUUUGAAGGAGGUGUCAUAAUCGGCGUGUGUCACUACUCAAUGCUUUUCUUAUUUAUUUCAGAUACUUUCUUUUGUCCUCUUAGGUAGCUGGGUCAUUCAGUUUGAGUCUCAUGAUUGCAUGUGUCUGUCAAUAAGAGUGCUUCUCUCUGGCAUUUAAAUGGAAGGGUAAGUCUAAAGCUUACAAUGAACAAGGUGGUCAGACAGUGCAGUGUCUGACAGUUGUUAUAGCAGUUGACUUAUUGCCAAGAGGUUUUAGGGUGGAGUCUUUCUUUCCAUAGCUCGCUAAAACGGCUGACCACAGAAAUACAUACAAACUAGUAAAACUGUUAAAUGUAAUACUGUAAGCUAUCAAGGAUACUUCACAUUGUAGGUAGUAGGUCUGUAUAUGAUGACACUAGAUAUUAACCAAUGAAAAAGCAGUUCCACAAUGCCAUAUUCAAGGCUUUUAUAAGUGAAAGUGCAUUUUAAUCAGUGCAAUUUCCCUUACAAGAUAAACUGCUGCCAUUUCACUGUCAUCUUAUAGUCACAUACUGUGGUUAGAGUCAUGGGGGUCCUGGAGCCCAUCCCAUGCAGCAUAGACCCCAAGGCUGGGAAACACCCUGGAUGUGAUGCCAGUCCAUUACAGGACAAUGCAUGCACAAUAGUAAACUUAUAGAUGUCAUUAGGCAUAAAAUAACUUAGCAUUGCAGGUAACCUAUGCAGCUUGAAUAACACGAGGCGGUAGCACUACCCACUUUUUAGCAAGCUAAUAUUUGUGAAUUUGGUUUGUCUAUCGUAAAAAAAGUAGGUAACAGUGACCACUACAGGCAGGUUGUUGUCACUGCAAAAAAAUAUUUAUUGUCUCUGUUUUAAACUUUUUUUCCACAGGAGUCAGGGAUUUGAUAUGGGAUGGGAUAAACCAAAGCAUGUGGACAUUUAGCCGUGGCCAAGUCUGCCAGGUCUACACAUGGAAGUAAUUACCCUGAGCUGCUGACCACUGUGAAAUGUGGACCAUUUCAUUCUGAAUACAUUUACUUAAAUAUUAGCCUGGACACCAGGCGCUAUUUAUAAACUAUGGCACUUUAGGUCCGGAGCACAACUACAUAUAAAUGUUACUAUGCACAACUGCUUAUUUUGUUCUAUUAUUAUUUAAAUUGUGUUAAGUUUUAAAUAAAGUAGUUCCCAGAAUUUUUUAAAAUGUAAAAGAACAGGCGUAGAGUUUUUUGUCGAAGGGGCCUUGGCUGUUUCCCGAACAUGAGGAAGAGAAAUAGGCCAAGUGGUAAAGGAAGACUGCCAUUUAAAGGUCAAGUGAAAGUAAUGGGACAAGGGAACAGCAGGAGAUAGCUGAUUCUGGUCCAAGAUAUAAACCUGAAGUUUAUCACUGUUGGAAAGUGGUGAAAAUGUAGAUGUGAAUAUUCAUCAUCUGAAUUCACCUGUAUUGUCCUGUAACUUGUGACUCAGAUGCUUGCUUAGUUUUUGUAUCUCUUUCUUACCAGGAAAGCAUGAUGGGCAUUUAAAGUCACUUGAGUGUGAGCAAGAAUGUUGUCCUGUGACCAACGAUAGCCACAGGCGACACCUGACUCUUUGUGAGCAAGUUCCUCGGAUUUACGGGAUGGACAGGAAGUAGUGGAGCUAGCAUUUGGAGAAAUAAGGGAGCUUGGAGCAGUAGCUGGAGGCGGGACCGUGGCAGGAACCGCCGACUCAGGACCAGCAGGGGCCGCCGCUGGAACCUCCGGGACGGGCAGAUCAGUCUGAUGUGUGAUCCAAGGUGUGGCCCUGUCCAGCAGCAGGGUGCACAUGCAGAGCUCAUGCAGUGCCUCCACCCCACCUGGGGAGUCGGUCUUGUGCAGCCCACUCUAUGGGGACCUCGUCUCUCAGUGUGUGGAGGAUGACACCCUUGGCUCCAUAGAUGUCCCUGUGUGCCAGUCCUCCAGAAACGGCUCUGGUGCAGAGAGCUCCACCACUGUAGACUCCCUGACCCCAGGUUCAAGCCCCUCCUCAGGCGUAUUUGGGACAGUCGUGGGACAAGAGAGGCUCCCCUUCACUCCCCUGAGCUUGGAGUGUAAGGUGUGUGCUGACCGUGCUUCGGGGUACCACUAUGGGGUACAUGCCUGCGAGGGCUGUAAGGGCUUUUUCAGGAGGACCCUCAGACUUAAACUGGAGUAUGACACCUGUGGGAGAGGCUGCAAGAUCCAGAAGAAGAACCGCAACAAGUGCCAGUACUGCCGCUUCCAGAAGUGCCUGUCGGUGGGCAUGUCCCACAGUGCCAUCCGCUUUGGACGCAUGCCCCAGGCGGAGAAGCUGAAGCUGAAGGCUGCGGUCACAGUUCAGCCUGCGGAGCAGCAUGUGGGGAAUCCUCAGCCAGCUGAGCAGAAGAACCUGGGCAAGCGGAUCUGUGAGGCCUACCUGAAGAACUUCAGCAUGAACAAGUCUAAAGCUCGAGCCAUCCUAACUGGCCAGUCCAGCACACCACCCCUGGUCAUCCACGAUAUGGAGACGCUGCUCUUAGCCGAGCGAACCUUGCUGGCCCCGUUGCCAGGUGGGGCCCCGCGGACCGGGGAGGCAGAGGUGCGCAUCUUCAAUUGCUGCCAGCGCACCUCUGUGGAGACUGUCACGGAGCUGACAGAGUUUGCCAAGGCUGUGCCGGGCUUCUCCUCUCUGGAUCUCAACGACCAGGUGACACUGCUCAAGUAUGGUGUCUACGAAGCCCUCUUCACCAUGCUGGCCUCCUGCAUGAACAAGGAUGGGCUGCUGGUCGCCUAUGGCAACGGUUUUGUUACGCGUGAAUUCCUCAAGAGCCUGCGUAGGCCCUUCAGUGACAUGAUGGAGCCCAAAUUCCAGUUUGCCGUCAAGUUCAAUGCCCUGGAGCUGGAUGAUGGUGACCUGGCACUCUUUAUCGCCAUGAUCAUCUGCUGUUCAGCCCUCCCCCCCCCAGAUCGCCCAGGGCUGGCAAACCCGACGUGUGUUGAACACCUGCAGGAGGCCAUCGCACAAGUGCUGCAGCAUCACCUGCAGACCACCCACCCGGAUGAUGCAUUCCUCUUUCCGCGUCUGCUGCAGAAGCUGGCCGACUUGCGACAACUGGUGACCGAGCAUGCGCAGCUGGUGCAGGAGAUCAAGAAGAUGGAGGAUACCUCGCUGCACCCAUUACUGCAGGAGAUCUACCGGGAUAUGUACUGAGGAAUGGUGGGAUCAACACAUUAGCCUGUAGGAGUGCUGCAUGAGUCGCAGGGCUUUUCUUAUGGCACGAGUAUCUUUGAGGUUCUACACCGCGUUGAAUCCAUGCAGUUCUGCAUUUACAACUUCCUGUCAAGGUUGUAAUGUCAUGCCUCCAUAGUUUAAAUAGCUAGAGACUGGAAAUAUUCAUCAAUUUAAUCAGAAAGGUGCACAAAUCCAGAAAUGGUGAGUAAUCAAAUGAUUUGGUAUAUAAAUGAGUACUUGGACGAGAGGUUGACUGUGGGUCAAGUGGGCGUGAUUCACAAUUGUGCAUUUGGAUUAGCCAGUCAACCUACCUGAUGCUUUUCUUCCAAUCAAAUGUGCCUGUGUGCUUGAUGCAUUGCAUAUACAUUUGUUACGCUCUUGGUAUCUCCAGUACCUUUACCUUUAUCCCUUCCCCCACGUCUUGAAACAGCAGUGAUCAAUCUGAAAAAAAUCUGAAAAACGCUACAUAAUUUUACUAAACUUUAAAAAGUUGAAUAUAUUAACAUUAUUCACCCCAACUGGCUACAGGCAUAUAAUCUGUUCAUUUGCAGUUUGCCAGUAUGAUUAUCUGGUGCUCUGACUACACCACACUGUCCUUACCCACUGGACCACAUGUGGUCAAUUCUGCUUUUAUUGAAAAAAAAAACCAUUGGCAGUGUAGAAAAUUUUAAUGAUAAACCUUAAAUAUGCUUAAUAAAAAUAUGCAAGGUAGCCAUAGUGCUUUCUCAAACCUAAAGAACCAGUGAGAGUGCAUUCUAAGUCUAAUUAUGACCAAUCGGGAUUUCAGACAAUGCUGAAGACUAUCUAUGAUGACUUUGCAUCUAAUCAUAUCUGCCGAGUUACAAUCUGCACAAGUUACUUUUUUUUAACCCAAACUUCCUUGCUGUUCUAACACAGGUUAAAACAAGGUUAAAACUAAUAAUUAAUAGUUUAAUGUGGAUUACUGUAUGCUAAUUUUAAUACCUCCUACAAUGUGUACAAUACCAAUCAAAAGUAUGGACACCCUUACCCAUAAGGUCUAUUUGUAUUCUCUACAUUUUAGAAUAAUUAAGACAUCAAAACUAUAAAAUAACAUAUAGUGAAUUAUGCACUGAUCAAAAAGUGUUUAAAAAAAAAAAUUUGUUGGGGAGGACAGCUCUGUGGGUUGGGUCUCAGAAGGCUGCUGAUUCAAAUACCUGGAUCAGCAGAGUGAGAGCAAGGCCCUUAAUCCCAACUGCUUCAGGGACUGGCUGACCUUACUUUCUCAUUUAUGAUAGCUUCAUAAGGUGGCGCCCUAGGAUGUUUUUCCAGGAGUUCCCACUUAUGUUGAGCUUUUCUUUUUUUGGGGGGGGGGGGGGGGGGCGGAGGGGUGCUUUUCCUUCACACUCUAGUCAAACUCCUCCAAAACCAUUUCUAAUGUGUUUAGAUCAGGCGGCCAGGUCAUUGGACGCAACAUUGUCACUCUCCUUUGUAGGCGGCUUGGCAUGGCCAAACUUUUGAGUGGUGCUGUACAUACAACAUAGAUGGUGGUUUAUAUGUGCUUUUUCAAACUCUAUAAAACUGAAUUAAUAUCACUACAGAAGAUUUCCACUGAAGCGCUGGUGUCACGUGGUGGCAUGGCGACUUUCUUGGUGUGAUUCCCACAAUGCACUUUAGGAGACUGGUGGGCACCAGAUGGAAGAUUUGAAAGACCCAUCAUUCUUUUCAUUGUUUGCCCUAGUCUACAGACGCAGAUUUGUGUAUUCAAUGUGCUGCAGAACAGCCACAUUGGACAUUUUAUUUUCAGUGACUUUUUAUUUGAGUUUGAAUUGGAACCUUAGCUCAGGUAAUCCUGGAUUUGAAGAGAAUGCACCCUUCCAUGAGCUGAAUUUGUUGGAUUUGUAUCGUCUUUGAUUUUCACUGACAUCCUCUUGCUGGAAAGACUCCUCCAGCCAGAAUUUGCACUGCAUGCCCCCAAACUAAAUGAUGUGUAAACAUAUAUCAAACUCCUUAUCGUAUUAGUCACUGCUGUUCUCUGUGAUUUUGCAGAGCUUAUCAUAACCCAGGUAGAAGGCUUUUAUUACUGCCACAGUCUGUCAUAAUCUAUCAUAUGCUACAUUCUAUCUUUAAUGACAAUGACUAUAGUGAUUAUAAUCAGUUAAUGUCUUCCAUUAUAGUUACUGUCAAUAGCCAGUAUGGCCUUAUUGUGACAGUUAUUUGUCAAAACAAUCAGCUUGACAAUACAGCCACUGUUAUUAUUCAAUCAAUACAGUCGGUUAUUAUCUAACUGCAUCCAUUCUUAAUUCUGUUCUGUUGCAGUCAGUCCAUUCACACAGCUGGUUUAUGUAAAGCAUCCUUUCAUGUAGCUUGUGUUCUUCAUGCUUCCAUUUACUCUACAGACCGCAAUUGCUUCACCACAAUCCAAAUCCACUGCUGAUUCUGUGAAAUUAGUUCUUUCGAGGCUUUAAAGGCUGAUGCACGUUUAAAUGAAGAACGGUUUAAAGAAAUGCCAGGGAAUCGUUCGUUUUGUAUGGUUUAAAGUAGCCCGUGGUUAUCUGUAUGUUUCGUAUUAAUUAACCACAACAGCACAUAUCUGAAGAAAAUUCAAUAUAUUAUCCAGAGCAAUAUACUGUAUGGAUUAUUUGCACGUUUGUAUGACUUGUAUGGAUUGUAUGACUUUUUAUGACAUUGUUAGGUUUGGUUAUUAUUUUGUUUCAUUUUUACAUAUUUUACAUCCUUCGUCAUGUAACCAAAAGCAUAAUUUGUUUUAUAUCACUAAAGAAAUUUAAACAA